AUGGUGUCAAAACUUCGAUUGGCAGGCACAUUUGUCUGUGCACUCAUCAUCUGCCUCAUAAUUUGGUACACAUUGGCUCCAUACGAACUUUUCCGAACUCCUAGUCAGCCUGAUCCUCCACAUCCCGACAGUGUGCUUUGCAGAUGGCCUCCAACAACUCCAAAUGACAUACGCACUACUAGCAACACCUACAACAUUACAAUCUGUGUGCACAAGGAUUCGCAAUCAUUGGCAAUUAAAUCGGACCCAACUUAUUCCAUGAAGAGUCUCUGUCGCGACGUGACGAGUAACAGGAGCAUCACCUUCAAGGAAUUCGGGGAAUGUGAUCCUUCCAUUUGCAAGAGUCCUAUCUAUCCUGACGUCUAUCGGACCUAUCCACAGGAUGUCCCAAUCAAGGAAAUACUUCGUUCAAUCAAAUCGGGCGUGCCGGUGUCCGAGGCA